AUGAUUAUGAACAGUUGCUGUCUCUAUCUUUGCGUAGGGAUAAUCUUUGGUGAAAUCUCAUGUGAGAAUUGUAACCAACUUCAGAGGAAACUACUAAAAGCCAACCAGGUCAACUUCAAACUUCUAAGCAGUAAUAUAAAAUCAACCAUUCCUCUACAAUGUUACAGUGACAUCACAGAUUUAUCAGUGGAAGGAAUUGAAAAAAUAUUGAUUGAUAUGAAUGAUGAAUCCCAGGUGGGCGUUGCAAAAACAACUAUUGAAGAAAUCCUCCAACAGAUAGACCUUAUCUUUAGACAAAACCAUCCUGAAUCGAUUUGGCAUGAGGACUCCUUAAGAGAUUUCCACAUUGGACUGGAUCUGCAGAUUAAGAUGUUGGAAACUUGUGGGAAUGCAAAGAUGGAACAAGUCAUCACAUCUCCAAGGAAUCUGAAAUUGCAGCUGCCCAGGCUGAGAGUAAAAAGACACUUCCAAAAGGUCAGGGACUUCUUGAAAAAGAAGAAGUACAGUUUGUGUGCUUGGAAAAUUGUCCAGAUCGAGAUGAAGCAAUUUUUGGAAUGGAUUAAUUACUACAUCCAAAGGAUCCCCUCUAAAGCUAUUGAUUUCUGA